UAUCCUGAAGUGGAUUCCUCAUCGACGGUCGUUAAUCAACAGAGAAAGAAAAUGCAGUUAGAGAAACCAUCGUUAAAUACAUCACUUGAAAAUAACGUAUUAUCUUUAAACCCGACUGCGUAUUCGUCUAAUUACUGCGUUAGUUAUAGAACGUCAGUUAGCUUAGCAUAUGGACUCUGGCUAUUUUCUGGAACGCUGAUACUGUGAACGCCUGUUUAUAUAACGGCUUUAGAGGCGCAUAAUGGGCUUGUGUCACGUUGAGAGUUAUUAUACUUCAUUAGAAUGUGUGGGAUUUCUUGCGAUGAAACACCACGUGUAAUGUUCACUUUGGCCAGUUAGCUAGAUCUCGUAACGCGCUCACUCAUCAUUAAGUUAAUGAGAUGUCAUCAACAUUACUGUAGUGUAUGGGGAAAAGAUGUAAAACCAGUUUAUAGCACACUUAAACAUGUGUUGUGCGACAAGGACUUCAAGAAUUAUACAUCGAUGGGAUUAUCAAGAAGCAACCAAAAACACGUCCCCCAAAACCCCCGAGGACUUUCCAGUUAACCUCCGAGCCUGGCGACUGCACUGUUUGAACGCUUUAGGGUGUUUAACUGUGCAUCUUUGGGAGCUGAAAUAACACCAAGAGCCCUGCUGCAAUCAAUACAACACCAGCACCAGCCAUCGACCAGCGUUCACUGCGGCUCUUGGACGAUCAGCGUUGUGUUUAUGUCUUUGUUUUGCGAAAACGAGCUGUUGCGCAGCCGUUGGAACCUGUGUGGUGGAAAUCUAGCCUUCAAGCAAGGAGCUUGCGGCCACAGCGGCACAGCGUUUUUCAUGUCAGAGACAGAGCGCGCUUGCAGUCGUUUAUGUCAUCCCCUCUUUUCCAGACAGAAGAUCCCGAAAAAUCCCCAACCAAGAUCCUUUUAUCUUACUGAUAGUGCUAACAUCCAGCCAAAAUGUCUGUCAACGUCAACCGCAGCGUGUUGGACCAGUUCUAUCGCUACAAGAUGCCCCGUCUGAUUGCCAAGGUUGAAGGCAAAGGGAAUGGAAUCAAGACGGUCAUUGUCAACAUGGUAGAUGUUGCAAAGGCGUUGAACAGGCCUCCAACAUACCCAACCAAGUUUUUUGGUUGUGAACUCGGUGCUCAGACCCAGUUUGAUAGCAAAAACGACCGUUACAUCGUCAACGGAUCCCACGAGGCGAACAAGUUGCAGGACAUGCUUGAUGGGUUCAUCAGAAAAUUUGUGCUGUGUCCCGAGUGCGACAACCCUGAAACUGAUCUGCAUGUCAACCCCAAGAAACAAACCAUUGGCAAUUCCUGUAAAGCCUGUGGAUACCGCGGCAUGCUUGACACCAGACACAAACUCUGCACGUUCAUCCUCAAAAACCCACCAGAGACCACUGAAGGUGGAUCCGCAUCUGUAAAGAAAGAAAAGGAGAAAAAGAACCGCAAGAAGGACAAGGAGAACGGCUCCGGCAGCGGAGAGGGUGGCAGCAGCGAAAACUUUGAUGCUCCUCAAGUUGUGGACAGAGACGACGAUGAUGAGGACUGGGCGGAGGAGACGACGGAGGAGGCGCAGAGGAGGCGAAUGGAGGAGAUCAGCGACCACGCCAAGAACCUGACGCUCAGCGAGGACCUGGAGAAACCUUUGGAGGAGAGGGUCAACCUGUUCUACAACUUUGUGAAACAUAAGAAGGAGACAGGAACCAUCGACGCGGCCGAUAAGGAUAUCUUGGCGGAGGCAGAGCGUCUGGAUGUGAAGGCCAUGGGCCCCCUCAUCCUCAGCGAGCUGCUCUUCAACGAGAACAUCCGCGACCAGAUCAAGAAGUACAAACGCCACUUCCUGCGGUUCUGCCACAACAACAAGAAGGCUCAGAAGUAUCUGCUGGGAGGUUUUGAAUGUGUCGUGAAGCUGCAUCAGGUUCAGCUGCUGGCUCGAGUUCCCAUCAUCCUCAAAGACCUGUACGACUCGGACCUGUUGGAGGAAGAUGUCAUUUUCGCCUGGGCUGAGAAGGUUUCUAAGAAGUACGUCUCUAAGGAACUUGCCAAAGAGAUCCACGCUAAGGCUGCUCCGUUUGUGAAAUGGCUGAAGGAGGCAGAGGAAGAGAGCGAGGGCAGUGAGGAAGAGGAGGUGGAGGAUGAUGAGAAUGUGGAGGUGGUGUACUCGUCCUCGGCCCGCGAGCUCAAAGUGGAGACUGUGAAACCCGACAAGCCGGAGAAGGAGGAAGACGACAUUGACAUCGAUGCGAUCUGAGCGGCUCAGACGAUGCUUUCCUUGUGUUGUGGCUUUAACUCACGAUGCCCUGUGUUCCACCUAAACGGCUGGCCUCUCCCUCAUUUACUCACCCCUCCCCCCUCCUCCCCACCUCCCUCUGCUUUGUGGCAUGAAUUAACAUAGAGCUUUACUUGCUGCACAUUAACUCUGUAAUUGAGAUGUAUUUGGUUGAUCGAAUGAAGUCGCUUUGGGGUUUUAAUCAUGGGUGUUUGGGGAUCAUUUUGACUGCACAUUGUUCUUUUUCUUUUGGUCCCUGUAUUUUUCCAGUCAAUAAAGAAUGAAUGUUUUGCUAUCCA